AGUCGAUCAAUAAAGUAGUAGUAGUUAGUAGAGAAAAGUAGUUCUUUUAUCGUGUUUACUAGUUCUUUCGCUAAAUCGCUCGAGAUCACCGGUGCGUGAAAUCCCGUUCCGCAUCAAUUGGUAUCAGAGCCUGGUUCCGAGUGAACCAAGCCAGGAGACCAUGCCACCGCGCAAGCAGCCAAUGGCACCAUCAUCACCAACCGCCGCCGGCGACGAGGAGCUAGCGCUUCAAUUUCAAAUCUCGCCGGUCAUCAACAGGUGAUCGUGGCUAGGAUGGAAGCUCAGGAUGCUAUCAACCGUGAUCACGAAGCAGCCCUGGAGCAUCUCCGCAUCGACGUCGGGCAAUUGCAGCGUGGUCAGGAGAAACUUCAGGAUGGACAGGAUCGGUUAUCGGAGGAGAUCAACGUUGUCCGCGUUGAGAAACGGCGGUUGGCGAACGACGUCAGCGCGAUCCUCGCAAUCCUCCGCGAUCCACCUUGGGAGAAGGAAGCCGAGCCGCCGAAGGAGCUCGACCUCGUCGCUGGGGGAAAAGGUCGCACCAUCGACCAGAUCACGGCGGCAGAAAAGCUCAAGGCAGUCGCCGUGGGCGAGGGGUUUCACUCUUCCACGAGUGGGAGCUCCACACCGACGCCGGGAACGAAACCGGGAGUGAUGAACGGAGCACCGGUGGAGAGCGUGGGGGCGUAGUGGAGGGAUCGGUCGCGGGAUUCCCGUCUGAUAAAGCACCAGGGGGUGCUUUGUUUGAUCAGAAUACGCAGCUCAGAACUCUUCUACGAAAGAUAAAACGGAUAGGUAGAAUUUCGCCACAAUCAAGGUGAUUACUUGAUUGAUAAGAAACUUGUAAAACGAAU